AUGAUCAGCUUUGAUAUACACGAGUUAAGCAUCAACGAGUAUACACCGAGGGUGCGGGAUAAGCUCCUUGCUCACUUUGACUCUGACACAACCUACACAGAUAUGGAGAAAGACUAUCAAAUCUACGAGAUACUCGAGGAUAUAGAGAAGAAUCAAAUACUGCUUACAGAGGUUAUGGGUGGUUCUUUCUGUUGGACGGCCCACACGGUUAGACGGCCCAUCCUGCUAUCCUAUAUAAAAGAUAUCUUUCGACACUAUUACAUCUCAACCAAUACUGGAUUUGAGAAAGCUUUAACUUUAUAUGCAAAAUAA